GUGAAUGAACGGGAGGAGGAAGAAGAUCUUACAUUAGCUCCUGCCGGCUGCGGGGACUCAAGCAGUUGACAGAAACCCAGGCAGAGGGACUCAGUGAGAACAACACUGACAGCUUUGUGGGGAAACACGGGGCGACAAAUGAAAGCCAAACAAAAAAUCAAUUAAUUAUUAUUAUUUUUUGUAUCUGUUUGGCAACCUCUUGUUUUCCAGAAGAUUUUUACGCAGCGCAAAAGAGUACAGAAAACGCCGCAGAGAUGAGUGUUGCGUGGUUUUACGUGCUCUUGAAGGAUCAUCUCUCUUGAUAAAGGGACCAAAGCGGACAAAACAAGGUUGCCCGUGAUAUUUUCUAAAAGAAGAUUGCAAAGGUGGAGCGAUUAGAGAAGGGCUGAUGAAGGGACUAUUAAUCCUUUCAGUGCAUCAAACGCGCCAAGGGGUACUAGAAACGUUUGGAUGGAAAUCGGGCGAGUGUUUGGAACUGUUUUUGGUUUUAUAUGAAACUGGUGAUUAGUAGUUGUUGUGACACAUCUGGAAGGAUUUUUUUUCUCUCUGAGAUUUUAAUAAGGAGUAAAAUUUCGCUUUUUUUUUAACCAACCACCGAAAGGUUUGAUAACAUGAGCGAUAUCUCUGCGUGAAUACUCAGAAACUUACAUCUCUAUCUUUUUUCUCUCUUCAAGUAUUCCUAAUCUAAAUGGAAUUAGUUGAGCCUAAAGCCGUUUGUGAAAGGAACAGACAUGCUACAUGGGCACAGCUUCCAUCACGUUGUUGCAAGUCUACUCAUACUUGGGUUGUGUGGGGCAACAAAGAAGGAUACAGCAGUGAAAAACAAUUCUGGAGUGAAGCCUGCAGGUCAGUGUGGAACGUGGGUAAAGGAAGCAGAAGGAGGGCUCUUCACUUCUCCCAAUUACCCAAACAAAUACCCCCCAGACACAGAGUGUGUUUACAUCCUUGAAGCUCCCCCAAGGCAGUGUAUCGACCUACACUUUGAGGAGAAUUAUUCAAUCGAGUCCUCUUGGGAAUGUAAAUUUGACAACAUUGAGGUACGAGAUGGACCGUUUGGCUUCUCCCCGAUUCUCGGACGGUACUGCGGUCAGCACAGCCCGCCUGACAUCAGGAGUAGCGGCAGAUAUCUGUGGAUAAAAUUUGUUACGGAUGGUGAACUGGAAGCAGUGGGAUUUUCGGCAAGUUACAACUUCACUGCAGAUCCAGACUUUGCAGACUUGGGAAUACCCCCACCUCUGCCCUCCUGUCAGUAUGACAUGGUUGGCCCAGAAGGUAUCGUCGAGUCUCAUCAGAUCACCAGAGACGGAAAGGCCGGUGCCACCGAGGCCGUCGACUGUAAAUGGUACAUCCGUGCCCCGCCGCGCUCCAAGAUCUACCUGCGUUUUCUCGACUAUGAGAUGGCAAAUUCCAAUGAAUGCAAGCGCAACUUUGUGGCAGUGUAUGAUGGCGGCAGUUCAGUGGAAGACCUGAAGAGCAAGUUCUGCUCCACGGUGGCCAACGACAUCAUGCUGGUUUCCACGCUGGGAGUCAUCAGGAUGUGGGCAGACGAGGCCAGCCGCAAAAGUCGCUUCCGCAUCCUUUUCACAACCUACCAAGAACCUCCAUGCGAUGCAGAUGCCUUCUUCUGUCACAGUAACAUGUGCAUAAAUAACACACUCGUGUGUAAUGGCAUGCAGAACUGUGUCUACCCCUGGGAUGAGAACCAGUGUAAAGAAAAGAGGAAAGCCAACAUCCUGGACAACCUGAACAACACUAAUGGGACCAUAAUUGGCGUCACCUGUUGCAUUGUCUUCAUUCUCCUCAUCAUCUCUGUUAUUGUCCAGAUCAAGCAGCCACGCAAAAAGUAUAUCUUGCGACGUGAGGACUUUGACCCCACCAUGUUCCAGGAGGUCUUUGAGCCACCUCACUAUGAGCUGUGUACGUUACGGAGUGCCACCACACCCACAGCGGCCUCAGCAGACUUAGUCGACCUGGCGGAAGACUUUGAGAACUACCACGCCCUUCGCCGUGCCUCUUCCCGCUGCGUUCACGAUCACCACUGUGGCUCCUCCUCCAACCCCCAGCUGUCACUCAGUGGACGAGGGAGCCGGGGCAACUUGAGCGCCCGUGACGCUGCGGCUGCCACUCUGCUCACAGACCUUCCGCAGCCUUCCAUGGCAGUGCGGCCGUUGUUGCCAGCCACGGGAAACCGCAGGAGCAUCUUGGUCAUGAAGCACAGCUACUCACAAGAGGCAGCAGACAAUGGAUGUGACCUGGAAGACGACCUGGAAGAAGUUCCCACCACCAGCCACCGGCUUUCACGCCACGAAAAGGCAGUACAGCGGUUCUGCCUCAUUGGCUCUUUGAGCAAACAUGAAUCAGAGUACAACACCACUAGGGUCUAAGAGACAAUCUCAAGGUAAGCACCCUUAUCCAACAAUCAACAUCUUUAUAUGUUGUUGUGUAUCCAUCGUUUGCCCAGUUAAUAUAUACUUUUAUGUAUUUUAUUUUUCUGUGAUCUUUUUUUGUUUGUUUGUUUGUUUUGCGCAGGUUUAUAUUUUAUUUUUUUAUGUUUAUGUUUUAAUUGUUCAUUUUCACCAAGAUGGUUUUCUUGCUUGCAGCCAUCUUGGCCAUGUUGAGUUUGUUUGAAGUCUUUGUGAUGCUCAAGUUUACUGUAUGUCCUCUUCCCCUUGAAGGCAUACAUUAUGUCACUCAGUGGAUAUUCAUUAGCAUGGACUUCUCCAAUUUCAUCUCUAGUUGGUGCUGGUAUCAGUUAAUAUGUCUAACCCCUUCCCAGCUCUCCUUAGUUAGCCUACAGAAAAUCAUACUUCACUGAAGUUCACAUAAAGGCCCAAAAGGGAAAAGCACACACUCAAAUGUUUUUAUUACAACAUCACAUUACAUGCUUUAAAGGAGGCACAUUGAGAUGAUGUAAAUAUCCUGUUAGUCUUUACUUAUCACACACUCAUAAAGAAGUCCUCUGUAGAUUUGCAUGAUCUGUGCCAGUGGUAGUGUUUGAUUUUAUGUUUGGUUAAUUGCAAAGCGUAGUGUUUAUAGCUGUGUGUAACAUUUGAUGUGCGUAUGCUCCUUAAAUGUGCUUUCAUGAAGUUGCAAAAAGCAGCAUAUGAAAUAACUAUAGCAAUGCAUACAUUUGAAAUGUAUGUAACUUUUCUGAUUCAUAUUUGAAUUUAAUUGACAAUUAAAGUUUCAUUUGGUUUAAAUGUGAUUCAGCGAUAUAUAUAAGAUCACGCUUGCAGCUUCAUGCCUGCAUAAGGUGGAGUAGCCACAUAAAAUGCUACCCACUGUUUUGUCUUCUACUGUGAAAAAAAUGUGCUGUCCUGAUAUACAUAUAUAUGUGUGUGUGUGUGUGUGUGUGUGUGUCUGCUUAUGUUCUGCAUUAUGUUGCAUUGUCUCCAUCAUGUAGACUUCUUGAGAAUAGUGCAAUCCUGGAUCAGUACGAACGGGCGUCACUGACAUAUGAAAAAACGGAGCGGAGAUUUACACCAGCAUGAUGCUGCUGCUGCUGCUGAUGAUGAUGAUGAAGGGACAAUUUGAUGAAACAAACUAAAUGUGCAAAGAUGAACAUGAAGACUAGAUGAAACUGCUCCAGAUGCAAAGUUUUGAAAAUCGUCUCUUUGCUCUACGUUCGGUAGCCAGUGCAGAUGUCUCACUGCAGAAGCAUUGGACCUUUACAGCAAACAUCAUUCCUGAACUUUAGAUUUGGGACAUUUAGAAACAUAUUUGUCAUCAUAGAUUCUCAAGUGAUCAGGAAAUUUCAAGUUUAUUUUAAGCAUGUAUUUUUUUGUAGCAUACAUGAGUUUGAUAGCCAAUUAUAGGUGCUUGCGGUUUGUCAAAUCUAGAAAGAUUUACAUUAGUCAAAAUUGGAAUUAAACUAAUUACUAACCUAAUUGAAUUUAAUUCUAUUGGACAACUGUUUAUUUGGGUAACAGCUCAAAGUCCAGUUUUAUCACUCCUGCAUGCUUCUUCUAUACCCAUUAAAGCAUUAACAUACUAACAAUUGAGUAUGAAAAUAACGCAUCUACUAACAAUACUUAAGUCAUACAGGAAUAAGAUGUGGGUUAAAAGGUGUUUUCAAAAUAGAUUAAUUACACUGCAUGUUAUUGUGUGGCUGAAUCAUUACAAAGCAGAGCUCCAAUCAAUUUCCAACAUAAUAAGUUCAACUCAAGCUACUUUUUAAAUGUGCUAACUUUCCAAUAAGCAUUUUUCUUUAAUUAAUUUUUAUUUAUUUUUGGCAAAUUUGAUUCCUUCAAAUCUGUUUAACUCCUAAUUCUCUUACUUACUGUAGAAGCUUCAUAUCUUUGUAUUAAAACAGGAUUUUAUACUAAGGCAAAUUGAAAAAGUGGAUGUUUUUACAGUUACUCGAGUGAUCUUUCAGGGCUGAUUUUACUGAUGCUUUAUAAAAUAAAUAACACUGAAGCUUCACCUUUCCUUUCCCUUUGUUUUAUUGGCCUUUGGUCAGUAGUUCCUCUGUCCAUUAAGCGUGUGCUCAAUCUGUCAGCACACCUCGUUCUCCUCUCACAACCAAUUAAAUGUUGCUCCUUUUUUUUCUGCCUGACUUGCUUCUGAGGAAGCACAGACUCAAACCGGAAGGACUUAUUUCACCAAGCAGUACACUUCUUUUCAAUCUCUGAGAGUUUAAAUAAUUCCGGGUAAUCAAGGUAUCUGACAGGCGAGUUAAUUGACUUUUUGUGAUGCGUUUAUCCAACUCGAUCAGAAGUGAAGGAUUAGCCUUGCACUCGGAUAACACUUGCUACUGGCAGGCUGGUUAAUAUAAGACGACGUGCACUAUGUGGAGAGUAAAAUAAGUGGAUUUGAGCACAGUGACACAUGCAAUGCAUUUCUUACUCACUGUCAUUGUGUCCUUACCUGUAUUUGUGGGAAUUUGAAUUUACCAUCUAUGUGUUCAUUAUUUUUCUGUGUUUAGUGUCAUUACUUACAUUCAUACUCUCCACUACUUUUUUUCCUUCCGCAUACACACAGCCAUGCACAUAAAUAUUCCUGCAAAUACCGAAUAAAAUGCUUUUCUUUUCUGUACACACAUUUGCACUGCCUGGUCUGUGUGUUGUCUCUCUGCUUCACACGUCUGUCAACAGACAUGUUCAGCACGGGUACCAUAUCCAUGCUCUCUCUGUUUUUUGUCUUCUUUACUCUUUCUUUCUCUGAAAAUGGACACACACACAAACACACACAGUCUCAAACUCAUCCGCCGGUUUAUAGAUGGAGGCGGACACGCCGCUAAUUAAGUAAGUCUGAAUCAAUUCGAUCAAGCAGCAGCAGGAAGCAAAUGAGAAAAGUGAAGGGCCCAGAGCGGACUUAAAGUAAUAGUUUUUUCAUUUCUCUGCAGAUACAUCAGACAGAUGCAUCAUUCCUCUGCAUCUUGCCAGGUUUGACAGCAUUUGGAGCUAAGGUUUCUCUCCCAUGUGCAUCUUGAGUGAACUGUUGUUAAAGAGCAACUUUACCAAUGUAGAGUGAUGUUAUGAGAAAAUUCCUUAAAUCAAAAAAAAGAAAAAAAGAAAAAGGUUUGUGAUGUAUGAAUCAAGUUUUUUUCUUCUUUGCUUUGGACUAGAGGUGCAUUUGCUCCCCGCCGGGCUUGGAUUGAGCCGCCACGGAGCGCUGAUAACUUCAGAUACGAGACUGAAAGGUUUUUUUUGUUUGUUUGUUUUUUAAAUUUAGAGUACCUUUAAUGUAAAGUGGUUCAUGGAGGCAAAGAAAAAAUGCAGAAUCAGGUUUUUACAUCAUUUUAAUGUAACCAUGAAAAUAUAAAAUUGCAUAUUUCAGCUGCUGAUUUCACAUAUUUUCCUAUUUUGGUGCCGUGUCUUUACAGUAGAUAAUCAGGUUGUUUGGUGGGGGGUUUAUAUCAAGAAGAGGAUGUGGUGAAGUGAAGAAGUGACUAAUGUUAAACUGCAUAUAUGGGUGCAUACAUGAUUGUCCCUGCCUUUCAUCUAACAUCCAUUUCUUCUCAUUUUUACUGAUACUUUUACCGAUUUGUUUUUCAGUCUACUUGUCAAAAUUCAUAGCAUUGUGGUAUUUUGUUUUGUUUUGUUUUUUUAAAUCAUGUGCAUUUUUAACUGAAAACACAUUAAGAAAAU